CAAACAUUCGUUCGUGAAGAUUGCAACGAGGAACUAACUGAGAAUUUGCUUAUCGACGCUACGCCGAGUCGUUCUGCCGUUAGACGACUAGAAAAAUGCCUAAUAUAAAGCUACAGAGUUCUGAUGGUGAAGUAUUCGAGGUUGACGUUGAGAUUGCAAAGUGCUCGGUCACUAUCAAGACCAUGUUGGAAGAUCUUGGUAUGGAUGAAGAUGAGGAAGAAGUCGUGCCACUACCAAAUGUGAAUUCUGCAAUUCUCAGAAAGGUUAUACAGUGGGCCACAUACCACAAGGAUGAUCCACCUCCACCAGAAGAUGAUGAAAAUAAAGAAAAGCGAACUGAUGAUAUCAGUUCUUGGGAUGCUGAUUUUUUGAAGGUGGAUCAAGGAACUCUCUUUGAAUUGAUCUUAGCAGCUAAUUACCUUGAUAUUAAGGGACUCCUGGACGUGACUUGUAAAACUGUUGCUAAUAUGAUCAAGGGUAAGACACCCGAGGAAAUUCGCAAGACGUUUAAUAUUAAGAAUGAUUUUACUGCUUCAGAAGAAGAACAAGUGCGUAAGGAAAAUGAAUGGUGUGAGGAAAAGUAGAUCUGGAUUUCAUGUAUUUACAAAGUACUCAAUAAUUCGUCCUUGGGGUUAUUAGAUUUCGAAAAUAUCUUUUCUGUUACUUUAAUGAGAUUCUUCCAGAUGAUAAGUUUCCUUUAACAAGACCUCUUAAGUUGCUCCUGUCAAAAUCAACUAGCAUUAUAAGCUUGUAUCUUGUAUCGCUCUUCCGUAUCACUUAUUGCAUAGAGCCAGAAAAUGUUAUUUAUUUCAAACAAAGAUAAACUAAUAAUUGUAAAUUGAGGCUCCUGUUUCCUCCACCAUCUUGAUUAAUGACGUCAGAAAUGAGAAAUAAGAUAGUAAUUAAAAGGAAUCUAUAAAAUGACAUUUAUAUAAUUAAUAAUUUUAUAAAAUUAAAACUGAAAACUCUGUUCCAAUAUGAUUAUCAAAUAUCUAUGAAAUUAAAGUAGUAUGUGAUUGAAAGGCUAGCUACAUGUUAAUUCUAUUACUCAAUUAUCAAGAAAAAGUCUUUGGAAUAUUUUACAAAGCUACUCAAAUGAUUACAAGUCUUAUUUCAUGGGCAUAUUUUGCUCACUUUAACGUACUUUACAAGAAUUUUCAACGUACAUCUUUUGACGUUAAUCAAGAUGACCAAAAAUCAGGAGUCUUAAUUGUGCUUACACACUUUAUACCUGAGAAUUUAAUAUAAUCCAGAAUUUUCCGGUAUAAUAGAAAAUUUGCUAUGGAUGUGUUUAUGUUCUAAAUUGUCUUACUCGGAAAUGCUUCUAGCGCACUUGCACAAUAUUAGACAACAGUUGCAAUUACGUAUUGAAUGAAGUAUAACAAAUGUACAUUUAAGAGCAAAUUGUAUACACAGUUUAAAUGGGAAUUAAAUGUAACUUAAUAAAUCA